CAUUAUGCAAGCAUGGGACAAUGUUCUUUUGCUCACUCCUAAUUUUGGAUUUUAGAAAACUAUGGAUGGCAUUUGAAAAUUUUCUCCUUAUUUAAACCCCAAUGCAAAUGGCUGAUAAACAAACCUCAACUAGCACCCUCCUAAAAACCACCGAGCUAUAUUAUUGUUCUAUUCCAUUCCCAAGACCAAGAAUUUUCUCCCUUUAUCCCUCUCCCUUUCUAUCUAUCUAAUCAGAAAAAAAAAAGGAAGAAGCAUUAAGAACCCAGAGAGACAAACACUAAAGGAAACACAAGUUAUUGUUUCUUUCAUUAUCUUCAUGGAUUUCAACAACUCAAAGAUUAACUCUCCUUCUUCUUCUAAAAACAAGAGAAAGCAGCAACAAAAGCAGCCUCAACAGCAACAACAGCAACAAGAGGCAAGGUUCUUGGGAGUAAGGAGGAGGCCAUGGGGCAGAUAUGCAGCGGAGAUAAGAGACCCUUCCACGAAAGAAAGGCAUUGGCUUGGCACUUUUGACACUGCCGAAGAAGCAGCCUUAGCCUACGACCGUGCCGCUCGCUCCAUGCGCGGCUCUAAGGUUCGGACCAACUUCGUUUAUUCCGAUAUGCCAGUUGGCUCAUCGGUCACCUCCAUCAUUUCCCCUGACGAAUCACAGCAUGACAUGUCGUCAAUUUUUCCCAUUCACCCACCGUUUCACCAACAAACGGAUGCUAACCAAAACCAGCUUUUCUUCACUCAAGACCCUUUCAAUGCCUGCCACUUCUCUUCUGGAUGGAACCAAGAGAGUAGCGAUACACUAGUGUCUUACACCCCCAUUACUGGCGUCAUGGAUGCUGCUGGAAAUGGUGGUUCUCAACAGUUCAGCGAUGACUGUGAGCUGCCACCAUUGCCUCCGGACGUCUCUUCUACUUGUUAUGGCUCUGGAGUUGAUAUGAGUUAUACUUAUGGAUCGUGGAGUGACACAGGCCUUCUCGGGUCUGCAGAUGGAUUUGACUCAGGAGUCAGUCAACCAUUUUUCGACUUUAACUCUUACGAACUUAUGCAGCACACUCCAGUCUUCGGGAAGAUACCAUCGGUUCCUGAUACGGUAGCUGAAGGAUUUGAUUUGGGUUCAUCAUCAUCGGGCUACUUCUUUUAAUAGCAACUACAACUUCUGUCUUCUGUUAAAAAAUAUUAUCAUUUCAAAAAAAAAUAAAAAUUGUCGGUCUUAGUUUGGGGAUGUUGCUGUUAGUGGCUUUUUGCUUAUUUUGAUGAUUUUGGGGCGUACGUAAGUACGGGUUUCAUGGGUUGUUGUUGGAUUUAGGGUCCAAUUUGGGGAGAAGGGUCCUGCUUCCAAGCCUGUUUUUGUGGUUCAUGUCAUUGCCUUUUUCGGUCAAAGGUGUACGGGGCCAAGAUAAAUGUCCUUUUUUGGUUUGUA